AGAAGAAAGAGGAAGGUGCAGCAGGAGAGUAAGUACCUCGACUUGGAAUCGAGUUCUUCGAAACGAAAAUUGCGUAGUUGUCGCGAGCGGAUGAUUUGAUGCGCACACUCCCGCGCGUUCCCUUUGUGUUAUUUUCGGGCGGAAUCACCGUCCGAAGCUUUAAAUAGGACCGUCUUUCCGACAAAGAAGGCAGUUUAAAACAUCAAUUCUACAUGCUGGAGCAUCGCAGAGCAUUCACCAUGCCUUCCGAGUGCAUCGCCAAUCCGUUGCAGCGGGAGCUGGCCGACGCUAUAAUUCGAUUGCAACCGCUCGACGAGAUUCGAAUCCUGCUGGCCUGCGGGGCAAAGGCAAACGAGCCGGUGACGCAGGGCUUGAGGCCGUUGCAUUACGCGGUGUGGCAGAGGUAUACGGAAGCGGCCCAGCUGUUGUUGGUGCGUGGCGCGGACAUCGACGCGACCGACGAAUGCGGCUAUUCGGCGUUGCACCUAGCCGCCGAGCACGGUUACUUCGAUUUGGUCAAACUGUUGCUCGAGCACGGUGCCAAAGUCGAUCAUAGACGAGAAACCGGAGAACUCUUUCCAAGGACGACGCUGUGCGACGAACCGUUGCGACUCGCUUUGAGAAAUCGUCACGUCGAGGUGGCCAGGAUACUGCUGGAGGCUGGCGCCAAUCCGAACAAAAGGUACUUCUUCGGGUCGGAGAUCAAUCUGGUGUCGCCGUUGGAUCUGCAAUGCAUGGAGUUGUUGUUAGCGUUCGGGGCGCAGCCGAACACGCGGGACCGCGCGGGCCUCACACCGUUGAUGAAAGCAGCGAGGCUGCCACAGGGCAUAGCUUCGGUACUGCUUCUGCUGAGCUACGGGGCGGACGUGAAUUCGAUGGCGGACGCGCGACACGACUACCGGACCGUUCUGCAUUACGCGAUUCUCGGCGGUGAUCCGACGGUGAUCGAUCUGCUGUUAAAGCAAGGGGCACGGCUCGAUCUUGGUCCUGAAUAUCAGAAACCCACGGCUCUCGAUCUGGCCAUUUUGAAAGGAGAUCCGUCGAUCGUUCAAAUGCUGUUGGAAUCCGGUGCCGACGUGAACGCUACCUCGCCGAUCAUCGGAUCGCCGCUUCACGUUGCCUGCGCGGAUAACAUUCCAAACCGACUGGAGAUUCUGUCGAUGUUGCUGGAACGUGGAGCGGAUCCAAACUUGGUGAUACGAAGCGACGAAGGUCCCGCGUUGCGGCCAGUACUCGCCGAGUACGUCGCUUCGAACGAGAAUCCCUCGGUCGAGGUGGUGGCCCUGUUACUCAAAUACGGGGCACGAGUCGUCAUUAAGACGCAGUUCCGCGACCCCCACGGCAUAUUGAACUCCCUUCAAAACACCGCGGACAAGCCACGGCUGCUCAAGGCGUUGCUCGAAGCGGCAGAGAGUUUCGAUCCUUGCAUGAUAAGAAGAUCGAGCAGCUUGACAGACGCGCAGAAAGCUCUUGUGAUGGAAGCGGCACGGACACCGUUGCCCUUGACUCAUCAGGCCAGGCUGAUUGUUCGCAAACUAUGCGGCACCAAGUUGCCCAAGAUUGUUCGUAAACUACAGUUGCCUCAAUCGCUGCAUCGUUAUCUUCUCUAUGAUUUCCACUGAUUGUCAUCUUGGCUGUCUUUGGCCGUCUUGACCGUCGUUGGUGUCAUCCAGUUAAUGUCGUCUCGCUGUGGCUUUUUGGUUCGCAACGUGAACCAAAUCGGAUGGCACAUGGCGCAAACGUAGCGGUGUUAUUUCUCCUUCGUGUUUGAUCCGCCACCGUUGUCGCUUCCUUCGUCAAAUGCUCUGUUUCGGCACAGAGAUUUCUUUAGUAUCGCCGUUUCGAUGUCUCUGAUCUGGCACAUUUCACAGCGAACGUGUGCGUUUCGUUCAAACGUGUCAUUGUCCUGGCAAUCGUCGUGCUUGACAAUCGCUUCCAGCGUACACGCCAAUGAUCGUUAGUCGAUCACGUUGCCCUUUUAGUCAAAAUUGCGAAAAAUUAUUUUCUUACUACCAAUUUUCAUUUGAGAUCAACUUUUGUUUCAAAGUAUAUUAUAUAUAUCUAUAUAUUUUUUUUUUUACUUACUCUCAAUUGUCCUGUUCCCAUCAGCGACUCGUCCACGACAUAAAUUUCCAAGUAAAAUAACUGCGUUUACGUGAAUAAUGCAACUGACUUUGUGUAUACGCGUAUAUGUACGCAGGCGUUUUUAUCCAUAUACGUACAUCUGUUAUAAUAUAUAUAUAUACAUACGUACACGUAUUUUGUAUACUUGUAAUGCUGGAUAAAAUUCAAUAGAUUCUCUAAAA